UGUUAAUUUUAACACGAUUAUAUCUUUCUUUACGUUUAAAUUAUAUCUUUUUUAACGUCACGUCACUUACACGUUGUACAUAACGACAGUAAAAUCGAAGUGGCAUGCUUGGAAACAUUUGUAAGAAAUUUACCUAAAGAGUCACACUUUGGCCACUUGAUCAAAUUACAAGACGUGAAACAGAAGAUCAACCGCGGCUCGCUGUUCAUCUGGCGUGUAGUAGAGUAGGUGUAGUGUUGACGUGUCUCUAAAGCGCUCUCCUCCCUUCAGCUCUGUCGCUUCUCUCUUUCUCUCUCACCCGGGUGGCGGAGCGCACCGGCAGCGCUGGACUAUCUGUUUAUAGCUCACUGGGACUUCAGAUAGUGACCGUGAUUUCAGGGGACCGUCACCAUGGCGAUUAAAUUCUUGGAGGUUAUAAAACCAUUUUGUGCGGUUUUGCCGGAAAUCCAGAAACCGGAAAGAAAGAUCCAGUUCAGAGAAAAAGUGCUAUGGACUGCCAUCACAUUGUUCAUCUUUCUUGUUUGCUGUCAGAUCCCACUGUUUGGGAUCAUGUCUUCAGAUUCCGCAGAUCCAUUCUACUGGAUGAGAGUCAUCUUGGCAUCCAACAGAGGUACUCUGAUGGAGUUGGGUAUCUCUCCCAUUGUGACCUCUGGUCUGAUCAUGCAGCUUCUGGCUGGAGCUAAAAUCAUUGAGGUUGGAGACACACCUAAAGACAGAGCGCUCUUCAAUGGAGCUCAGAAAUUGUUUGGUAUGAUCAUCACCAUUGGCCAGGCUAUUGUGUACGUCAUGACUGGAAUGUAUGGAGACCCUUCAGAGAUGGGUGCUGGCAUCUGUCUGCUGAUCAUCAUUCAGUUGUUUGUGGCCGGUAUGAUCGUGUUGCUGCUGGAUGAGUUGCUGCAGAAAGGUUAUGGUUUGGGCUCUGGUAUCUCUCUCUUCAUCGCCACCAACAUCUGUGAGACAAUCGUAUGGAAGGCAUUCAGCCCAACCACGGUCAACACAGGCAGAGGUACUGAGUUUGAGGGAGCCAUUAUUGCUCUGUUCCACCUGUUGGCCACUCGUACUGAUAAAGUGCGAGCUCUGAGAGAGGCCUUCUACAGACAGAACCUGCCCAACCUCAUGAACCUCAUCGCUACGGUCUUCGUCUUUGCUGUGGUUAUAUACUUCCAGGGCUUCAGAGUUGACCUGCCCAUCAAGUCUGCACGUUACCGUGGCCAAUACAACACAUAUCCCAUCAAGCUGUUCUACACCUCCAACAUUCCCAUCAUCCUGCAGUCUGCUCUGGUCUCUAACCUGUACGUCAUCUCGCAGAUGCUCUCCACCCGCUUCAGUGGGAAUUUCCUGGUCAACCUCCUGGGGACUUGGUCUGAUUCCUCAUCCAGUGGUCCGGCUCGUGCCUACCCUGUAGGCGGUCUGUGUUACUAUCUGUCUCCUCCGGAGUCAUUUGGUUCUGUGCUUGAAGACCCAGUCCAUACGGUGAUCUACAUUGUAUUCAUGCUGGGAUCCUGUGCCUUCUUUUCUAAGACCUGGAUUGAAGUUUCUGGAUCAUCUGCCAAAGAUGUGGCCAAGCAGCUGAAAGAACAGCAGAUGGUGAUGAGGGGACACAGAGAGACCUCCAUGGUUCAUGAACUCAACAGGUACAUCCCCACAGCAGCUGCAUUUGGUGGACUGUGUAUCGGAGGCCUUUCAGUAAUGGCUGACUUCCUGGGUGCCAUCGGCUCUGGAACAGGAAUCCUAUUGGCUGUUACCAUCAUCUAUCAGUACUUUGAAAUAUUUGUUAAGGAACAGAGUGAAGUUGGCAGCAUGGGAGCGCUACUCUUCUAAACAAGGACACUCACAUAUCACACGCAUACUUGCUGACACCUUAUAAAACACUUUUAUUAUUUUUAUGAUUUUUGUUGUCAUUUUAUUUUUUAUUUCUGUAUGAUUUGAGCAUUCAAAAUGGUCUGUCACGAGGGCUGUCUUGGGAGAGAACGUGUUCUUAGUCGUUAGUUCCGGCUGAGCAUUUUCUCCUUUUUGUCAGAAGUGGCAAAACGUUUCUAAAAUUCAGUGAUGGGACAGUAAAGAUGGACUCUGUGAGCUCUGACUAGGAAUAUUCAGGAGUUUUCCCUUCUCAGUCUGUCCUUCCUCCGUCUCCAUGUGUCACUGAAUCCCUUCAUUCACCCUUAUGUUUAUUUCUUGUCUGAUUCAAAUUAUGCCAGUUAAAAGGAUUUUUCAGAAAGUAUUGCUAAUGUUGAGUGAUUGACUUACUCGACACUGCCAAGUUUGUCUCCACACACACAAACUGUCUCUGUUGACAGGCAUUUUUUUUCCAAUAAUAGCUGUCAUUUAGUGUUAGGCUCACUCUAACUCCUCAUACUGUAUUUAAUCAUAAAAAAUGUGAUGGUUUAAUUAUGGCAAAAGAUCUGAAAACCAAACAGAGGGGUUUGGUUUCCAGUCAGCAGAAUAGCUUGACAGUUGUCAGCGGAAAUGCAACACAGUGUGGUACCAAUGGCGUGGUUUUUUGUGCGUGUGCAUUCAUUUACGCUGGAAUCCUUUUGUACAGAAUACAUCUUACACAGUAGGCUUCAAGGAUUUUCUGUUUUUGAAAGUACUUGGUCUUUAGUGAUAGCUUAGUGGCAGACAGCACUGGUUACACCUGAAGUCUGUUUACUUUCAGAAUUAAGCCCUUUUUACUGUAUCAUUGUGUGUCUGUAUAUAUGACAUUUAAUUCAGUGAGCAAACGUAAAAUAUAUCUUUCCUUUUUUUCUUUUCUUUUUUUGAACUAUGUAAAAAGAAAUGUUCUGAACAAAUAUUCAGCAAAGACUGAUAAUUCUCAAUAAAAACUCAUUUUUGGGAG